GCUGCAAGCCUGCAACCACCACCAAACACAUUAAUCUGUAAACAGCUUUCUUAUGCAGCCUAGUGUUCGUCCAUCACCAACACUCUCAACGUCACUGGACAGCUAUCCUGCACUGAAUCGUACCGUGGCAGGGGCGAAGUAGUAGUGUGUGAAGGAGAGAGGGUGAAGUGAGAAGGGAGUGGUGGGUAGAAAGAUGAUCUCGUGGCACGACCUGUAUACGGUGCUGGCGGCGGUGGUGCCGUUGUACGUGGCGAUGAUCCUGGCUUAUGGAUCCGUGCGGUGGUGGGGAAUCUUCACGCCGGACCAGUGCUCCGGCAUCAACCGCUUCGUCGCAAUCUUCGCGGUGCCGCUCCUGUCCUUCCACUUCAUCUCCACCAACGACCCCUUCACCAUGAACCUCCGCUUUAUCGCAGCCGACACCCUGCAGAAGCUGCUCGUCCUGGCGGCCCUCGCCGCUUGGUCUAAUCUCCUCCCCCACCGCCACCCGCUCCCCGGCGGCGCUGCCCCCCUCGACUGGUCCAUCACCGUCUUCUCCCUCUCCACGCUCCCCAACACCCUGGUGAUGGGCAUCCCGCUCCUCAUCGCCAUGUACGGUCCCUACUCCGGCUCCCUCAUGGUCCAGAUCGUCGUCCUCCAGUGCAUCAUCUGGUACACCCUCAUGCUCUUCCUCUUCGAGUUCCGAGCCGCUCGCCUCCUCAUCGCCGAGCAGUUCCCCGACACCGCGGCCUCCAUCGUCUCCUGCCGCAUCGACCCCGACGUCGUCUCGCUCGACGCCGGCGCCGCAGAGGCGGCCGCCGAGGUCGGCAGCGACGGCAAGAUACACGUCACCGUACGCAAGUCCACGUCGUCGAGGAGGUCGGCAAUGAUGACCCCCCGACCCUCCAACCUCACCGGCGCAGAGAUCUACUCGCUCAGCUCCUCCAGGAACCCCACCCCGAGGGGUUCCAAUUUCAACCACGCCGAGUUCUUCGCCAUGGUCGGCGGGGGCGCACCGGCCCCGGCAUUCCGCCCCUCGAGCUUCGGCGCCGCCGAUAUCUACUCCCUCCAAUCCUCUCGAGGCGCCACCCCGCGCCCCUCCAACUUCGACGACGACCAACAUCACCGCUACCUCCACCACCAACCGCCGGAGAUCUCCACCGCUGAAAAGAAGCCCUACCCACAACUCAACUACCAUCGACACCACCACAAUCGACCCGGUGCUGCAACGGCGACGGCGGACGCGAAGGAGCUGCACAUGUUCGUGUGGAGCUCGAGCGCGUCGCCGGUGUCGGAGGUGAGCGGGAUUCACGCCUUCGGCGGCCAGGAUCUCGCAUCAUUGGAGCCCGGUGGCCGCGCCGAUCACGGGGCCAAGGAGAUACGGAUGCUCGUGCCCACCGAACUCGCCCGCAAUGGCCCCACCACUAAAGCAGGUGACGCGUGCCGGGCGGAGGAGUUCAGCUUCGGGGGCGAAAUGAGGGAAUCGGAGCAGCAGACAGGCGUGAGGGCAACGCGGGUGCUGCAGAAGCUGGGGUCCAGCUCGACGGCGGAGCUGGACCCGAAGGGCGGAGGGACGCCCGACGGGAAGAGGGCGGGCGGCGCGGCCCACCACCAGAUGCCUCCGGCCAGCGUCAUGACCCGUCUCAUCCUCAUCAUGGUGUGGCGCAAGCUGAUCCGCAACCCCAACACCUACUCCAGCCUCAUCGGCCUCGUCUGGUCCCUCGUCGCCUUCCGGUGGCACGUGACCAUGCCGAAGAUAGUAGAGCAGUCCAUCUCAAUCCUCUCCGACGCCGGCCUCGGAAUGGCCAUGUUUAGCUUAGGGCUGUUCAUGGCGCUGCAGCCGCGAGUAAUCGCGUGCGGGAACAAGGUGGCGACGUUCGCGAUGGCCGUCCGGUUCCUGGCCGGGCCGGCGGUGAUGGCUGCGGCGUCCGUAGCCGUCGGGCUACGCGGGACGCUCCUCCACGUGGCGAUCGUUCAGGCGGCGCUUCCGCAAGGCAUUGUGCCCUUCGUGUUCGCCAAGGAGUACGGCGUCCACCCCGCCAUCCUUAGCACAGCGGUUAUAUUUGGGAUGCUGAUUGCGCUUCCCAUCACUCUGGUUUACUACAUCCUCCUCGGUCUAUGAUAUGCUGCUUCUCUCCGCGACUCACAUAUCGGGGAUGAUGCGCGCAAGGCCCUGCCUGCCCAUGGUGGAUUCAGGUGGCAUUGACACAUCGCAGCUUAUCAAAUGAUGGGAAGACAUUGUUGGAGGAGGCGCCACCUGAGAGUAUUCGUAGGUAGAUUGGUCGAUUGCUGUAUUCCACAUGAAGGAAACGGUGCAAGGCUUCAAAGCACAUGUAUUGGAGCCCCCUUUUUCUUAAGGAAGACAAAAGAAAUGAGAAAUGUUCUUCC